GCCCUCCGCUCGCAUCCUGACCGGUGAAGAGAGAGGGCGGCUGCAGAAACUAGCCCAAAUUGAGGCAGUUAUAGUCCUUAAAUAAAACAAUUAAACAUUGAUUAAAAAACUCCGACACCCGGAAUCUAUAUAUAUAGAGCACAAUGAUCCGCUUUAUCCUCAUCCAGAAUCGGGCAGGGAAGACCAGGCUGGCCAAGUGGUACAUGCAGUUUGACGAUGAUGAGAAACAGAAGCUGAUUGAAGAGGUUCAUGCCGUAGUGACAGUCCGUGAUGCCAAACACACCAACUUUGUAGAGUUCAGAAACUUCAAGAUCAUUUACAGGCGGUACGCCGGCCUGUACUUCUGCAUUUGCGUGGAUGUGACGGACAAUAACCUGGCUUACCUGGAAGCUAUUCACAACUUUGUCGAGGUUUUGAAUGAGUAUUUCCACAAUGUGUGUGAAUUAGAUCUGGUCUUCAAUUUUUACAAGGUUUACACAGUGGUGGACGAGAUGUUUCUUGCAGGAGAGAUCCGAGAGACUAGCCAGACCAAGGUACUCAAGCAGCUCCUUAUGCUGCAGUCUCUGGAGUAGAGAGGUGUCCGGCCCUGUCACUCAAUCAAUUAACCGCCAUUGCAGCAGGCCCCCUGCCCACCUCUUCUCUGCAACCAAACCAAAAUGUGUGUGUUUGGGCAUUGUCUUGCUGAAUUACAUCCACAAACAUUUCACCUUUUUAUAAUUUUCAAAAUCAUGUUUUGCAUUCAGUUACUCAUGAAUAUUAAAGGCCUUCCCAGUUAUUUAGUAUUGACCUCAUUACUUCUCCCAGUGCUUUGGCUCACCCAGACUCGAAUACUUCAGCAAUUUUAUAGCACAGUAGACUUGAAAGAGUCAGACUGGCAACCUCUCCAAGCCCAUUCUUUAACACUGAAACAGAGAAUAGCCGUCCUGAUGGCCAAAACCACCAAGGCACCGAAGCAUCUGAACAACAAGAUCAACACAGUUCCGUUAUACACUACAAAUACGGAUGAAAUGUUGUCGUGGCAAUGUUAUCCUCAUUUUAUCAAAAGAAACCUUCCUAGACAUGUUAUAUCUAAAGUUAUCUUAUAGCCAGACAAGUCCCAUGUUCAAAUCAAAUGUUCAUUUAAAGGGAUAGUUCACCCAAAAAUGAAAAUUCUGUCGUCAUUUACUCAUCUUCAGAUUGUUCUUAACUCGAAUGACUGACUUCUGUGAAACACAAAAGGAGCGUUUAGGGAGAAGUUUAUUGACUAAUAACUUCAGUCACCAUUCAUUUGCACUGAAUGGAAAAAGCAGCAUCAGCUUUAAGUCAUAUGGGUUUGGAACCACAUGAGAAUGAUUCAGUAAGAUCAGAAUUUUCCUUUUGGUUGAACUAUUCCUUUAUCUGGAACCUGUUUUGUUAAUUGUUCUACUUGUGUACAGCAGUACUGUGAAGUUUGUUUUUGUAAAGUGUACAUAUACAUUAUAUAAGCAUAUAUUUUAAGUGUAAUUUGAUGAACUAACCAGUCAUUCCAAUCAUUUAAAUGCUCUCUGAUGCUGCUCAUGUUCUUCCACUAAAGCAGCAGAUCUCCAAUAGACAUCUCAUUUACCCAUUCUAAUUGUAGUGAAGUCUGUUGGCUGUGUGAAGAACUAGAGCGAUUCGGGAGUGGUUUAGAGAACAAGGCUGAGUAGAAGAAUUGAGCUUGGGGAAUUGACAAAAGAUGGUCUACAUUUAAUUUCCCCUUUUGUAGUGUCGGUUCCCUCGAUCCAAGCUCUAUGGCAACUGCUCAGCCUUGAAACUUCCAUUACAGUUAGAUUCAUAAGUUACUGUGAUCAUUUCUUUUUUAGAUGUUUGUUUUAUACUUUUGUUUUUUUGUUUUUGUCCCAAAAUAUUCUAGAUUUGCCUAAUUGUCCCUGUAAGAUUACAGAGUAAGAGUUGAUAUAAAUGGUGUUAUACUCGUGUGUGUUUCUGUCAGUGUAUAAAAAAAAUGAAGGUAAAAUAAAUAAAAAAAAUGCUUUGUGUAUGAAUCCAAAGUAUAAUGUAUAUUUAAUAUAAUGAUUCAUAACAGGUGUCCAAAGCUCAGUAGUUCUUUAGAUGUGCUACACUGCCAUCUGCAGGUAAAGGGAUGCUACUGACAGUUGUCAAUGAUAGAUGAGGUAAUCAAAAAUUUUUACAUGCCCAUCCCUUGUCUUUAGAUAUAGCAAAACUCUAGGUCACACUGAGGUUCUUACAAUGGAAGUGAAUUUUUUUUUAUGUUGAAAUACUCUUUCAAAAGUAUAGCCAUAAGACAUAAACAAUAUGCUUGUUAACAUUAUGCGGUAAAAUCACGUACUAACCUUUUCUGUGGAAAGUUAUAGCCAGUUUUACAACUUUGUUGCCAUGACGAUGUAAUGUCAACAAACCCUACAACCCUAAAAUUUAAACAACUUCACAGCUCAAACAAUGCAUGAGUUUUAACAUAAGAAUUAAUGUAAGUGCUUUUAUGAAAUUAUAAGCUUCACAUUUCUGCCUUUUAAACCCUCCAAAAAUUGGCCCCCAUUCGCUUCCAUUGUAAGUGCCUCACUGUAAUGUUUUUUUAAAGAAAAGGAGGGACGAGUCGAAAUCAAUUUUUGUGGUAAUCAGCAUUAUGCCACAAAUGCUGUUGAUUGAGCUUAACUUGUAUUGAACCCAGAAUAUUCCUUUGUGUCUGGACAGAAUUAUUUUAAUUACAGUAAAACAGAAAUGAGAAUUCGAUUUUUUUCUCGCACUGCAGUAUUGGGGUCAUUCCAACAAUUUUAUGACUAUUUAACUCCCCAGUACAAGUUAUGGUAUUUCAAAUGGCUUGUUACAAAGAUAAUGUGUAUGUUAUAAUCAGCUGUGGACCUAAAAGACAAAUUUUAAAUAAUAGAACUCAUUUUCAUUUAUUGCACUACUGUCAUUUCCUUAUUUCCGUAGAGCUGUAUCUUAAAUGUCUUUGAAAACAAAAAGUGCUAAAUUAUCACAUUUGUCAUUUUUUUCUCCACACAAUCAAGUGUUCAGUAGUAUUACGUUCUCUCAAUAGCAUGUAUUCUUUUGUGUUAAAUGUGUCAUUUUAACACUAACAGUAGAGGAUGUGGUGUUUGUGCCUGUUAUGUCAUGAUACUGUGACCUUUAGUUGAAGAUCUAUGUUAUGAAAUGUCGUCACACUUUGUAGGUGGACAUCAGCCAUUCAACAAAAUAAUGUUGGAGUUAAAGUAUAUAACUAUUGUUUUAUUAAUGUUUUCCUUUAUUUUGUGAUGUUAGGUCAAAUUCAGUCAAGCAUAACAAGUCCACCCUGUUAUGGAAAGAUUUUGAAAUUUCAAUAUAUUUAUGUUAACAGAAAUAAAAUCAUCAUUAUAAGCUUACAAAUAUAUCAAUUGAAAAUCUCUGAAUGUCCACCCUGUUAUCUUCCACUCUGACCCUGCCCAUGUAACCCAGUGGACAUCUGAUUUUGUUAUUUAGUUUGACCUGUAUGAUUUAUAACAUUUUUAACAUGUCCCUUUAAUGAUUAAACAAAGCUACCUAUAAAAGUAUAUUUCAUUUUCAAGUCAAAAAGUAACCGAAUUGUAGAAACAGCCCAUUUGAGAUUUUGGCAGAAAAGUGCUUCAUUAACAUGUUAAUACUGUAUGUCACAAUGCAAAGAAUUCCCAAUAGUCAUAAAACAGACAUUUUUGUCUUAUGCAAAUGUGUUCAUUUUGAUUUUUGGGUGGAAUAUGUCAUGGGCAUUUCUUUGUUACCCUCAAAUUUUAAGCUCGUUCAUGUCCAUAGCACAAACGGUACAGGACUAGUGAUGCACCGAAGUUUCAAACGUACAGUUGAACAGAGUUUGAAAAACAGAAACUAUGAGCAGUAGUAACCGUGUUGGUUGCCUUUGCAAACACCUAAUUAGACUGCAAACUGCUGGGCUCAGUAACUAUGAAAAAAAAAAAGAGUAUUUUGUUCCUCUGUGAAUGUCAAGUCUGCUGGAGUUUGUUAGGGUUUGCUGUAUUUGCCACUUCAGAAAGGGAGAUAAUUGGAUUCCAAAAAAAAAAAAAAAAAAAAGAAGUAGUGUCUCUUUUGAAUUAACAGAAGUUGUUAAAGAAGAAAAAGCUGAAAAAGCAAGUUGCUCUGUCACACUUCUCCUACAGAGACAAUACAAAGACAUAUCCACAUAACAUAAAAAAACAACUUUAAUUAUAAUCCUUAAUCUUUAAAAUGACACACUGAAUUCCACUGGAAGUGCAAAACUGAAAUUACUUUCUGCUAAAAACGACAACAUAUGCAGUGCAGAGCUUAACCUGGAGUCCAAGUGAUCGUGUUUGGACAAAAAGUAAAACUGAAGUCACAGUUUAGGUGCAUAUUAAAAGAGCUUGGACAACAUUGAGAGCAUGAAGCAGCUAUGAUCAAACGCGACUCUCGAAUCGCUGUAACAAUCAUGGUUAGUCAGUUAAGGCUGUGCUUUGUGCUGGAGAAAACUUGUCGCAUUUAUGACUAUAACAGAAAACUCCACUACCCCUGAAACUGUGUCGGACUAGUCUCAGUUGUUCUUCUGUAAGGAAUGAUCACUCCUCAAAUAAUAUUCUUUCAUUUAAUGUAAUUAAAUUACUAUAAAUUUUACAAUUCUAUAGGUACAGUAUAUAACAGUCAAAAAAGUGCACUUGAAGAAAAGAAAAAGGGAAACCACACAUCGCAUAGACGACAUUUUAAAACACAGAGCGUAACAGGUCUGUCCGUGGUGCAUAAUGAUGAUAUCACUGAGUAAAGAGCAUAAGGAACAGGGCACUGCACAGGCCAUCACCCUGUCACGGGAAACCAGAGGAAACAACAAACAACUUAACCUAAAAUAUGACUGCAAUCUGAACCUAUUUCAGGACUACAUUGCAGUAGUCAAGCAGAUCUGGUUGCUGCAAGGAAUUAUUUUCAAAUUGUUACAAAAUACCUUGUGGUAACCACUUUUAAAUGACUCUUAAUAUGCUGUAAAAAAGUAAAUCUUACUUAGAAAUGUCCAGUUCAUAUUUUACUGCCAAUGUUAUAUACAGGUGCAUCUCAAUAAAUUAGAAUGUCGUGGAAAAGUUCAUUUAUUUCAGUAAUUCAACUCAAAUUGUGAAACUCGUGUAUUAAAUAAAUUCAAUGCACACAGACUGAAGUAGUUUAAGUCUUUGGUUCUUUUAAUUGUGAUGAUUUUUGCUCACAUUUAACAAAAACCCACCAAUUCACUAUCUCAAAAAAUUAGAAUACAUCAUAAGACCAAUAAAAAAAACAUUUUUAGUGAAUUGUUGGCCUUCUGGAAAGUAUGUUCAUUUACUGUAUAUGUACUCAAUACUUGGUAGGGGCUCCUUUUGCUUUAAUUACUGCCUCAAUUCGGCGUGGCAUGGAGGUGAUCAGUUUGUGGCACUGCUGAGGUGGUAUGGAAGCCCAGGUUUCUUUGACAGUGGCCUUCAGCUCAUCUGCAUUUUUUGGUCUCUUGUUUCUCAUUUUCCUCUUGACAAUACCCCAUAGAUUCUCUAUGGGGUUCAGGUCUGGUGAGUUUGCUGGCCAGUCAAGCACACCAACACCAUGGUCAUUUAACCAACUUUUGGUGCUUUUGGCAGUGUGGGCAGGUGCCAAAUCCUGCUGGAAAAUGAAAUCAGCAUCUUUAAAAAGCUGGUCAGCAGAAGGAAGCCUGAAGUGCUCCAAAAUUUCUUGGUAAACGGGUGCAGUGACUUUGGUUUUCAAAAAACACAAUGGACCAACACCAGCAGAUGACAUUGCACCCCAAAUCAUCACAGACUGUGGAAACUUAACACUGGACCUCAAGCAACUUGGGCUAUGAGCUUCUCCACCCUUCCUCCAGACUCUAGGACCUUGGUUUCCAAAUGAAAUACAAAACUUGCUCUCAUCUGAAAAGAGGACUUUGGAACACUGGGCAACAGUCUAGUUCUUCUUCUCCUUAGCCCAGGUAAGACGCCUCUGACGUUGUCUGUGGUUCAGGAGUGGCUUAACAAGAGGAAUACGACAACUGUAGCCAAAUUUCUUGACACGUCUGUGUGUGGUGGCUCUUGAUGCCUUGACCCCAGCCUCAGUCCAUUCCUUGUGAAGUUCAUCCAAAUUCUUGAAUCGAUUUUGCUUGACAAUCCUCAUAAGGCUGCGGUUCUCUCGGUUGGUUGUGCAUCUUUUUCUUCACACUUUUUCCUUCCACUCAACUUUCUGUUAACAUGCUUGGAUACAGCACUCUGUGAACAGCCAGCUUCUUUGGCAAUGAAUGUUUGUGGCUUACCCUCCUUGUGAAGGGUGUCAAUGAUUGUCUUCUGGACAACUGUCAGAUCAGCAGUCUUCCCCAUGAUUGUGUAGCCUAGUGAACCAAACUGAGAGACCAUUUUGAAGACUCAGGAAACCUUUGCAGGUGUUUUGAGUUGAUUAGCUGAUUGGCAUGUCACCAUAUUCUAAUUUUUUGAGAUAGUGAAUUGGUGGGUUUUUGUUAAAUGUGAGCCAAAAUCAUCACAAUUAAAAGAACCAAAGACUUAAACUACUUCAGUCUGUGUGCAUUGAAUUUAUUUAAUACACGAGUUUCACAAUUUGAGUUGAAUUACUGAAAUAAAUGAACUUUUUCAUGACAUUCUAAUUUAUUGAGAUGCACCUGUAUAUAUAUAUAUAUAUAUAUAUAUAUAUAUAAGUCGUCCAUUCUGUAUUGUGAUAACUGUUACGACACCAGCUUUAAUUUCAAUAUUAUUACGCUAAUAUGACAUUUCUUUACACUACAUUUGGCUACUGAGAACUGGAUAAGGGGGCUUUAAAUGUGCUUGAUUGUCACAAUAAUAAUUUCACAAUACAAGAAAUUCUUAAAGGAACAGUUCAUCCAAAAAUGAAAAUUCUCUCAUAAUUUACUCACCCUCAUGCCAUCUCAGAUAUGUAUGACUGACUGACGUCUGCAGAACACAAAUUAAGAUUUGUAGGAGAAUAUGUCAGCUCUGUUGGUCCUCACAAUGCAAGUGAAUGGUGACCAGAAAGGAUCUAAAGGCAGCAUAAAGUAAUCCCGUGGUUAAAUCCAUAUCUUUAGAAGUGAUAUGAUAGGUGAGGGUAAUAAACAGAUCAAUAUUUAAGUCCUAUCAAUCUCCACAUUUGACCAACCCCGACCAGUAUGUGGCUGAAUAUGAAAGUAAAAGUCACUUCCACACCAGAAUGUGAGAGUGAAAGUGUAGAUUUUCAGUACAAAAGGACCCACACCCACACCUAUCAUAUCGCUUCUGAAGGCAUGGAUUUAACCACUGGAGUCUUAUGGAUUACUUUUAUGCUGUCUUUAUGUCCCUUUUGGACCUUUAAAGUUCUGGUCACUAUUCACUUGCCAUUGUAUGGACCUACUUCUUCUAAAAAUCUUUGCUUUUGUUCUGCAGAAGACAGUAAUACACUUCUGGGAUGGCAUGAGGGUGAGUAAAUGAUGAGAGAAUUUUCAUUUCCCUUUAAUGGUGUUUUAAAACAAAAAGGCUUAAUUCUUUAUACAAAAUAUAAUGUUCAUAUUUUUAUUUAUUUUUAAUUAUGGCGUGAAAGAUGACCUGGGCAUUUCUGGACCAGAUCAUUUCUCUCCCCGAAUAUGCAUUCACACAAUUUUGCUAGAAGAAAAUUAAGCCUACUUUUAAGACUAUUCAUAUUUUCUACAUUGUGACAUUAUUUUCAAGACAAUCACACGUUCCAUCCAAAUUCAAAUUACUUUAAUGUGGGAAAAUAAAUAAAUCACUCAUUACUGUAAUGUGAUUUAUUUAUUUUUAAUUGAAAUAAGCAUAAAUUAAAUUCAGCACAACAAAUACCAGUAUGAUGUAUAAUUUUACCAUUUAAAUAAUAAUACAAAUUAUUUUUUCACAUUACAGUAAUGAGAAUGAGAUUUUUUUCACACUCCAGUAGGCUACUGAGAACUGAGGAAAUGUUACCAUUAUGAAAGAAAAUCUUAAUGGUCUUUAAAACGACUUCAUUUUCUUUAUGCAAAAUAUAAUGUUCAUAUUUUGUCUUUUGAUUUUUGCCGUGAAAUAUCACCCGACUAUUUUCGUGAGAUUCACCCAAAAUCUGAACAAAGAUCUACAUAUAAGUUUUAAUCAGAUCAAAUAUAUAAUUUAUAUUAUUUUUUAGGGGCAUUAAAGAAAUUUUGAACAAGUAAAAUGUUAAACCAGGUAGGUGUAAAUGUAAAAAAAAAAAAAAAAAAAACUAAAAA